AAUCUCAAAGCGGCAGAUACACAGAUAAGACUGAACUUCGUUAUAUCAAUUGCUGUUGCCCAGCUGAUCUUCAUUUUGGGAAUUGACGCCACACGGACCAAAGUGAGUACAUGUAUAGUCAGCGGAUCAAAUGAUAUAAUAACUAAAAGACGAGAGGCGUCAUUUAGAAAACGAAAAACCCACUUGUAAUGAAAACUUUCUUAUUAACUUGAUUUAAACUAAAAAAAAUUGGUUGCAACAGAAAUAGCUUGUUCUCCCUAGCUACGUAUCUACUGGUUACUCUUUAAUAGUUUCCUUCGGAACUUUUCGUAGAUCACAAAGCUGUCCUGGACUCCUGCUUUCGUGCCUAGUUUCUGAUUGUAUGAAAUUCACUCGUUACUUAAUUAAAGGGGGGAUUCUUGUACCUUUAUUUUUCUUUUGUCCAUUUCUAUCAUUUUUUUUCCAAAUCUAUCCAAAGAUGGAUACAUAAGGUCAAUAAAUUGGUUUGAUAAAUUUGUGAAAAUUCUUGGGUGAUUGGAUGAGUAAAAAUUGGAGGUAUGUAUAAAAUUGUGGAAAAUUAGGCAAAAUAUUGGAUUUGAGGACUAUUGAAAAUUAAUGAUUAGUAGACAAAUACCAAAGUUAUAAGGGGCCUGUCUCUUGAUCAGUGUGCCCAAACACAUCACUUUUUAGAAACAUAUACAAUUUGCGCCUUGAAUACAAUACUUAAGAAAAUCUCUAAGAUUCUACUUUGUCGUGAUUCACAGAAUUAAAAGUUUUGACUUUUUUUCAUGUAGCCAUAAAUGAAAUUUUUGAUCACCAAAAAAAGAAAAAAAAUGACUCUAAUUUCUAACCCUUCUUGCUGUUCUUUUUUCAGGCCAUAUGCACAACAAUAGCCGCUGCCAUACAUUAUUUCUUUCUAGUGUCUUUUUGUUGGAUGCUAAUUGAGGGCUUGACGCUGUACUAUAAGGUGGUCAAAGUAUUUGACACUGACUUCAAAAUGUGGUCUUUCUGUGCAUUUUUCUCGGGUAAGUUUAAUCUAACCAACGAUGACAAAAAGACUUCAAAGUCCACAUGGUCUGAGAUAAAUUAAGUACAUAUCACUCAGCUAUAUAUACAAGCCAGGUUGCCAUGCUGGUAGUCGGAAAGACCGAUUGUAAUGGCAAUUGUCACUCAUGGAUUGAAUAGUUUUUUUUUUUAACGUCCUCAGUGCACAGUAUAUCGGCAAACGUUUGAUGCUCGAACACGUUCUUUCAUUGCUUGAUUGUAAUGCGAGAAGUUAUUUGUGAGAUUAAAAUGGAUAAUUCAGUCAGGAAGUUACUAUUAGUCUUACUUCUUUACAUUGGAGAACUUGCAAUUUUUCAGUCAUUAUUUCACGUUCUCGAAAAAUAUUGCUUUUUUAAGUAACCAAUAUUACUAAAGAAGUUUACCUUGUUUUUCUUUUGUUAUUUUCACAUGUAUAGCAAAGAUUGUCUGCUUUUUAUUCAUUCUAAUUUUACUUUUAGUUAAUAAAACGUUCCCUUAAACAAACUGGAGGUAACAACUAAUUACCAAAGGCAGAAAAAAGUCAGUUUGUCAUACCAAACACGGAAUUAUAUGUCUUAAAUGUUUUUCCCUUUCCUGGAGCCCUUUGUAUUUUCAACCGCGGAACCAUGUACGUGGGUAAUCAGACGAAAGAUGACAAAUGAUUUUUUUUCUUAGGCUUCCCAUUGGCCCUGGUAUCAAUUUCCUUAUUAACGGCAGCCGCCAGUGAAGGAGGCAUCGCCAGUUAUGUUGCUGACAGCUUGUAAGUUUUUUCUUCUUCUUAAUGCCAGCUGAAAGUUAACGUCAGUAGCUGGUGCCACUCAAUCUAGGUGUUUUACCCAUGCAGGUUUAAGCCAGACGUUAAAAUUGUCUCGAGCAGACUGUUUUUACUCAAUUAUACUAGAUAGUCAAAACACCUUUUACCUUUUAUUGACAUUCACUCUACAUCUACUCUUGCUUGACAUGCUUACUCCAUGCCAUUUUUAGGCGAGUGUUGCGGGCUUGCGUCGUACUUUUUCCGUUAUUGGGUGUUACAUGGGUGUUUGGUGUUCUGAGUGUGACAGACCUAACUGGAAUGGUGUUCCAGUACCUCUUUACCAUAUGCAAUUCUCUACAG